AUGGCUGCCCCUAAACAGAAUUCCGAGCUCAAGGAACAGCUCCGGGCAAAGUUCUUGGGAAAGACGCUCAACGAAGUGCCGACUCCCUCGGUCAUUCUGGACCUGGCCAAGGUGGAAGUGAACUGCGAGCGUAUGCUCGAAGCAACCGAGAGAUUGGGGUUGCUAUGGCGAGCUCACAUCAAGUCCCAUAAGGUCCUCUUCUCCUUCCCGCUCUUCCCCAGCGCCCUCCCGCGCCUGGCCACCUUCACGCACGUCCUCGGCCCGGGCACCCUCUCGCUCAUGAUCGACCACCCAUCCCAGCUCACCACGCUCACCGCCCACCCGCUCCCGCACCCGCCGCAAAUCUUCCUCAAGAUCGACACUUCGUACGGCCGCGCCGGCGUCCCGCCCCACACGCCCGCCUGCUCGGCGCUGAUCGCCGCCGCGCUGGAGGCCGAGCGCCGCGGGGUGUGUUCGUUGUUGGGGAUCUACUCGCAUGCCGGGCAUAGCUAUGCGGCGCGCGAGGGGGUGGAGGAUGUGUUGGGGUAUUUGGCGGAUGAGUUUCGGGGGCUGGCGGGGGUGGCGAGGGAGAUUGUUGCUGUACGAGGGGGGGCUGCCGGUGCUGGUGGAGAGAAGAAAAGGUUGGUGCUGUCGGUGGGGGCGACGCCGACCGCGACGGUGGUGCAGCAGGAGGGGGUUUUCUCGUCGUCUUCUGGGGGAGGGGAGGUGGGGAGGUUGGUUGGGGAGUUGAAGGGGGAGGGGUUUGCGUUGGAGGUCCAUGCUGGGGUUUAUCCGACGCUGGAUAUGCAGCAGCUGGCGACGCACGCCAGGGAUGCGUCGCUGAUGACGGCGGACGAUAUCGCAAUCAGUGUGCUUGCCGAGGUGGCUUCUCUCUAUCCCGGCCGCGGUGCAAAUGGCACAACUGAAGCUCUCAUCAAUGCUGGCACGCUCGCCCUCGGCCGCGAGCCUGUUGCAGACAAGGGCAAAGUUCCCGGGGAGGCCUACGCGGGUUGGGGGUUCAUCAUGCCCUGGGGUUUGGACAACCCGGUGCCGGGUCCGGAUUUCCCCCGGGUUCAUGACGGCUGGCGGGUCGGACGCAUCAGCCAAGAGCACGGUAUUUUGACCUGGCAGGGGAACGGGGACGAGGUCCCGCUCCAGUACGGGCAGAGAGUCCGGGUGUGGCCUAACCAUAGCUGCAUCGCUGGUUCCGGUUUCGACUGGUAUUUGAUCGUCGACAGCAGGAACAAGGGUCGCGAAAGCGAAGUGGUGGAUGUCUGGCCGAGAUGGCACGGAUGGUGA